AUGAUUCUUUCCAUCCUCACCUAUUUAAAAGAGCUACUUGUUCCUAAAGGGUCUUUUGGAAAUGGUCCAAAUUCAAAACUCACCGAAAUUGUAGCUUUGAUUAUUAUUUCUUCACUAUUACUACUUGGAUUUUAUUGGGCUCUGAUAUUCUUCUUCAUCUUUCUUAAGACUGGUCAGCUGACAAAUAUAUCCACAACAAUAGCUGUGUAUUCGAGGUUAGAAGUUCCUUCAAUGACUUUAUGCUCUCUUCCCCACGUUUCCUUAAAAGAUAGUAUAUUAGAUGCUUACACUAAUGACCGACUUAAAGUUAUCUUGAUAUACAGACAUGCAAAUAAGAAUUACUUUAACUUUAAUCCAAAAAUAAGACGAUGCUACUGGGAAAAACAAAGCUUGAACAAUCAUGAACAAUGCUUAUGUAUAGAUAUGUGGAACCAGAAGUUUUUUAGUAAAACCAAUGCUAUUUUAAAUCCUCCGUUUUUUCUUUUUCAGAGACAAACUCUCGAUGGUUUUGAUGCAGAUAGCAUAUCUAUUGGAAUUAAGUACUUGAAACCAAUCAAUUCCACUAAUAAUAACAACUCAUCAUCUUCAAAUGAUAACUUUAUUUUUAAUCACAAUAAAGUUAACAAUAUUACCAAAGAAAGUUCUUCCAUUAGUGAAAUAUUAAAGAUUGGCAUAUAUGACCAACCUAUGAUCAUUGCAAAUCAACAUGCAGAAUCUGUAGAGCCUUCUUGGUUCUACUCUAACAUUGGGAAUUAUGCUCAAGUUUCAUUAAAAUUGCUUAAGAAUUACGUUUUUGACGUAGAGAAGUUUUACUUCUAUAUAAUUAAGGGUUAUGUUUCAAGACAAGAAAAUGAAUAUGAAAUAGUAGUUUCACAAAAGAAUUUUAACAUUAGAACACCUAAAAGGAGACCAGAAAACUGUAGGAUGCCCUAUUGGAUUAAGAUUAUGAACCAGAGCUUUUACCAAGACUUAAAUAUUAAAAGGUGUAUUGAUAAUAGCAGAGGUUCACGUCGGGAAUAUGAAGUUGCAAGCUUUACUAAAUUCCAAAUCAGCUUUCGUGAUUUUUCAGUAACUGAAGUUUUCAGACUUAGUGGGGCAUCUGUAAUUGCUUCAUUCCUUACACUUACAGUUGUUUGUCUGUCUGCAUUCAAUAAACAACUCAUUUAUGAGCUACUUUUCCCUUACUAUGAAGACAUAAAUGCCAAAUAUACAGUAACUACAAUUGCUACAUUCUUUUCAUUUGGUUAUUUAAAGAAAUAUACUGAAGACUAA